GCAGUGUUGAUAAUUCCGAUCAGUCUUUCUCAAAAUGUCAUGAAGUGCGCACGUAUGUGAGUUUGUGAUAAAAACAAAGCGCGAUUGUGUGUGUGAUUAUCAAUUAAAAACAUUUACCUUAAGUAAAAGGAAUACCAGUGAUUAUCUAUUACUUGAUUAUAGGAUAAAUACAUAGGAGAAGCGCCAUUUUAUCGUGAAUUCUUCCUGCUUGAUUAACAUUUAACGUUCAAGAUGAAGCAGUUACUGUUACUUAUUGGAGUAAUUUGUAUAUUAAGUAUCGAAGCUCGGAAUGUUCAUGAAUCCGAAACCGAUGCGACAAACGACGACUCUGAAGAAAACACACUUCUGAAACAUAUUAGAGAUCAUGCAAAUGGUCAAAUGCGACACAAACGACGUUCAAGACAAUCGCAAUAUGAUUAUUGGAACCCUUAUUCAUUCGAUGUUAGAAGAGAUUACGACAGGCGCCAAGAUGAUGUGCUUGCCCAAAUAUUUAGACAAUUAGAGGAACUGUCUGCUUAUGUCAAACGCCCUCCACCUCCGCCUAUCUACAUACCGUACCCAGUCAUAUAUUCAGUGCCACAGUACAGUCCUUGUAACUGCAAACCGAGCCAACCGAAUAUAACAUUGCCGGAUAGGCUUCCUGAAAUGGAAGACGAAAAUCAAAAUUGGGGCCCCGUACUAGAUGAGACACCGGAAGAGGGUUUCGAUUCUGAUGACGAUGGCACUCGGCCAAUUGUUUUAAAGCCUAUUGGUUCGAAUCGACCCUCACAAAGUCUACCGCCUUUGGAACAUGGCAGCAGUCAAGCUGGGAUGGAAACCACAACUCGAGCAUCAGUCAAGAUGCCUGGAAUGUGCCAAGCUGCUGUACUGUUUUGCUGCAAGUUAGAGCAACAGCAAAAGUGCUUUACUAAAUAUGGUUGUCAAAGGACAUAUCGAUCCGGACAGGCUUGUAGGCCAGAGGUGAUAAAACGCGUUAUAGCAGAAUUCGCUGAAGCAUAUUCUCCCAUGAACUAGUUUUAAGGGUAUGUAUUGUAGUCAUUCAUCAGUAUUCUCUUAAUUUAGAUAGGAUGUAAUUAAAUACGAGAAGAGUACAAUAAAGUGUGUUUCAAGGCGCGAAUUGUAAUAGGGUAAAGUCAUCGAGUACUUAAACCACCAAGCCGAGCCUUUUGUUAUCUAUCGCUAUGAGAAACUUCACAUGGACUGUAUUCAAGUGGCGAUUAACAUAGCAGAGCAUAGAAAGAAUUGCAUCAAUUGCUCGCAAUACCUUUGUAUUAGGUAAUUGAGAUUCUUCUCAAUUUUCGAACAAUUAUUGCCAUAACGUAAUUUAUCUGCUUUCUAUUUUUGUAGCAUUUUAUUUUAUAGAUAUUAAUGAAAUAAUCGUUAAUUUUAGGACGAAUAAUUUAUUUUUUAUACAUUCUAGCAUUCAGGACAAUAGAGAUAAGAAAUGAUUAAAAUAAUCAA